CAGGAGUAUGUCUGGUCACAGGAGAUAGCCUGUAUUGUAACAACGAGAACUAAUAGUUUCAGCACUUCUAAUGCAGCCUUUACAAAUAGGGUUUCGGGCAAACGUGGAAGAAAAGAGAGGACGCAACAAGCUGGUUCUGGACUCUUCCCGGAUAUCCCAUGCUAAGUUCUGAAUCGUUGUUGUCCGGGGGAAAGAAAGAGGGGCCUGGGUGCAGUCGUCCGCUGAACUAACGUUACUAUUAGCUGCUUGGCUAGCUUCCUUACAUGUUUUCAGAUAACUGGUUUGCCAGCGUUUCUGCAUUUGUUAACGUUAUAUAAGUAUUAUCCGGAGACCGCAAUACUGAUAUCACAUUAGACAUGAAUGUAGUGUCAAUCUAUGGUAGAUGUUGCUCCUAAAUUGGCUUGGCAGUUGACAGGUAACGCUAGCUAUCGUUAGCUUUGACUGCUAGCUGGCUUCAUAGACCGAUCCACAUAUGCUAGAUUGGGGUUUACCUAGUAUUUGAAAGCGCAUGCUAGCUGUCUGGUAAGGAAAACAGAUUUCUUUCUUUAGAGUCCGUUUUUGUUAACUUACGUGUGUGUUCUUCCCAAUAGAGCAACAGACAGACAGCCAGCACAUCAUUUCUACCUUGAUUCCUGUGUUAUUUUAACGCCUGUGCAUGAAUUCUUGGUGAAAGUCAAAUGUAUACUCUUUGUUAAUUGUUGACAGAUUAGCAAAUGCUAGCUAACCUAACUAGCUAACAAUGAAGCCUCAGAUCAUUCUAGCUAGCAAGCUAAAGUUAGCUGGCUAGUAAACGCAGAAGAGCGAGCUGAUAUUCGAGUUGUUUUGCCAUUGCCAUAUUUAGAUUUUCUUUUGAAACGUACAUCGCUUAUCUUCACGUAAUGCCCUUGACAUAGGGACAUCUCUGAAAAACGAUAUUUGGCUAUUAACGCCGGAAAAAUGGCCAGUUUUUGUGUAAACAAGUUAGAUAGCAAGGUAACGUUAGCUGGCUAGCCUACUUGAUGCGCUAUCCGCUGUUUGCAUUCAAUAUUUCAUACUUGGUGUGAUCAUAGUGGCGUUUUGAGAAGUUGUUUUAGCAUUGUUUGCCUCUGCAAAUAGUUUUAAACCAUUAAAAGACAGCGGCAGAUCAGAGACAGCUACAUAAUUGUCCGCUGCCUCAAACAACAUCGAGAGAACUGGGACCUUGGAGUCAUCUGAAGCCACCUGCCAGCCAGCUUAUUUUGUCUGGAAAGGUUCAUGACGUAGAUUGGAAGGCAGAAGACCCCAAGGGCAUCCUUGGCAUCACUUGGGACACACCGUACCCCGUUUCUGUUGCCACCUACUCGAGCUCAGAUGUGAGGCAGAAUGGGGACCCAGGGAAGUCCUGUGAAGAGCUACGACUAUCUGCUGAAGUUCCUCCUGGUGGGGGACAGCGACGUGGGCAAAGGAGAGAUUUUGGAUAGUCUUCAAGAUGGCUCUGCGGAGUCUCCAUACGCAUACAGUAGUGGAAUUGACUACAAGACCACCACCAUUCUGUUGGAUGGCAGGAGAGUGAAACUUGAGCUCUGGGACACCUCCGGGCAAGGUCGUUUCUGCACCAUCUUCAGGUCUUACUCCCGAGGGGCACAGGGCAUCCUGCUGGUGUACGACAUCACCAAUCGCUGGUCGUUUGACGGCAUCGACCGCUGGAUCAGGGAGAUCGACGAGCAUGCUCCGGGGGUUCCCCGCAUCCUGGUGGGCAACCGGCUGCACCUGGCGUUCAAGCGGCAGGUGCCCACGGAGCAGGCGCGCGCCUACGCCGAGAAGAACGGCAUGACCUUCUUCGAGGUGAGCCCGCUCUGCAACUUCAACGUCAUCGAGUCCUUCACCGAGCUCUCGCGCAUUGUCCUCAUGAGGCACGGCAUGGAGAAGUUCUGGAGACCCAACCGAGUGUUCAGCCUGCAGGACCUGUGUUGCCGGGCGAUCGUCUCCUGCACGCCGGUGCACCUGAUCGACAAGCUGCCGCUGCCGGUGGCCAUCAAGAGCCACCUCAAGUCCUUCUCCAUGGCCAACGGCAUGAACGCCGUCAUGAUGCACGGACGCUCCUACUCGCUGGCCAACGCCGCCGGCGCCUCCAAGGGCAACAGCCUCAAGCGGACCAAGUCCAUCCGGCCGCCACAGAGCCCCCCGCAGAACUGCACGCGCAACAACUGCAAAAUCUCCUAGCCAGUGACUAACUACGCACACACACAUAUACACAUAUACACAAACACAUACACACACACACACUUAACCCAGCUAGCACACCUGUCUGCCUGAAUGACCAACCGACUGACUUACAGUGGCUCCUGAUCCCUCUAACUCAUACAGACACACGCACACUCAUACGCACACGUGCAAACUCACUCUCCCCAAAUCUCCUAGACCCCCAUGUCUAAAGGAGAUGAUUGUGACGGUGUUCUGGACAUCUGGACGCGAAUACACAACAUCGACGUCCAGCCGCUCGCUGCUGCUGUUGCCAGCCGGUCGGGCGAUUGUCCAGAGCGGUCCAGGCGGACAGGGUGUUUUCUCGCGAGAACUCUGAUGUGUGCCGUGGGUUUCUCUUGCACUUGCCUUCCGUCAGGUCCUCGUUUAAGGUGAAGGAUUCUUCAGAUGAGCAGUAAUAAGAUGGCUGUGAGGUGUCUCUCGCCUGGCGAUACCUUUUGAAGUUGUUUUUUCUUUUUCUUUUUCUUUUCAUUCAUUCAUUCAUUCUUUCUUUCUCUUAUUUCCCUGGUCUCUACUGCUCAUUAGAGGAGUCGUUUGUGUCUGAGACUUUGCAAAUCAAAUCAUGCAGCCCUAUUCUCCAGCCCUCGCAACCCAAGGUCCCACCCAGGGCAGCCCUCACAAAAGUGGUGCUGAUGCUGGCAAUGAGUCGUGCCCAAACUGACAAGCUCUUCAAACGCGGCCCCCUCGACUGCCAUUUAACCCUCAUGGCCUUGGAGGAUGUGUGUUUUUAUGAGUGUGCGUGUGUGAGAGAGUGAGAGUGAGAGUUGUGUGUGUGUGUGUGUGUGUGUGUGAGAGAGAGAGAGAGAGGGAGAGAGUUGUGUGUGUGUGUGCGCGCGUGUGUGGGAGAAAACAAGAUCCGCAGAAGCCUGAAUGGGAAGAAAAUGAUUUACGGCCAUUGCAUCUUGCAUGCUCAAAAUUAUACCAUUUAUGUUUAUUUAAAAAAAGAAUGAUUCAGUGGUCAUCCAGAAUAAAUUAGUGCUACAAUGUGUAUACAUAUGUACAUGAAUUUGCACUGUGCAAGGAAAAUAAUUAGUCAUAUUUUUUUUAUUUCUUUUCUUUUCUUUUUUAAAUGGCUUGACACUGCAAAUGGUGAUUUGCACACACUAUGAACUCUUUGACAGUGUCUCUAUUUUUACCCUUGCAAAACUGAAUUUGUGGGGACAUUUUGCGUCUGCCCAGUUUUUAAGAUGAUGGAUGUUUGUUGGCUUGCAGGGAGCACCACUCAGCAGUCCCCCCCCCCCCCCUGUCUGAAGGUGGCCAGAGAGCAGGUGGGUGUGGAGGGGUGGGAAGCGCUAGGCUAGGACAGGCGUCGAGUGGAAUCGCUCGCGCUCCCUCCUAUCCUUCCUGGAUAGACGCCAGGCUGCAGUGAGGCCCUGCCUGCUCGCUGGGCC